UUUGAGCGCUCUAGCAUUCAGCGUAGGCUAUCCCAGGGACAGCUAGUUACACGGCAGUCCGGGUUCUUUGGAUGACUUUGUCCGAACACAGAGCUGCUGUAGUAACAGGGAUCAGACUUGGAUAUAAACUCUGAAAAGCAGUCAGAUCUUCUGGGAAAAGGAAGACAAGCUUGAUGUGCAGCUUACAGAUGCCUGCCUCUUCAAGUACGUAGCCCCCAUUGACACUUUGUGCUUGGAUAGAGUGACUGCUAGGAGUAUUGCAAGAAGGAGAGAUCUUCAACAUGAAUACAGGAAAUGAAUCUCACUCAUCAGAUUCAGAUGUCUGGAGGUCCUGCUCCACCAGUGAUGGACUGAGGAAUGGAGACGCCAGCAGUUCCUCUUUGGCAGCCAAAGGCUUCCGAAGUGUUCGACCCAAUCUGCAAGACAAAAGAUCGCCAACACCGGUCCCACUUCCACCCCCUAGGAGAGAGAGUUAUCACCUAACUCCCCCAGGCCACAAACCCCCCUCUUAUAGUCACAUCCAGUCCGUAGAGGAGGGUCAGCCAGGGUCACAAGCUAUUGAGCAGGAAUCAUUCUCUAGAAAAAGCACCGCCUCUUAUUCAUACUCGGAGAGCACCACGGUCCCACCCAAGACCACUGGCUCCACCUUAUCUGUUCCUAUUGCCAGUGUUUCCUCUCAGUCCAGCAACAUUCAGAUUCAGGAGCGUCAGGUUUCCUCCCUUAAACUGACGUUCCCCAAGCGUCCUGACCCCGCUAACACCUCUGGUGCAUGGCCACAGACCACCACUGAAUCCGGCCCCAGAGAGCACACCACUACCCCAGGCUCUAGAGGCCCACCCGAGAAGCACACAGCCUCUCUCUCCAUCCAGAUAGGUCCAGCUCUUACCGCUCAGGGCCACCAGCUUGGUUCUGGGCCUAAGGUCCCCUCUCCAGAGCCCAACAGGACGGAACCCAGGAACACAGGGAAGACCCCUCCUCUUCCUGCAGGGGAGCAUGUGCUUGAGGUCCCGCUGGCGUACCGACGAGCGUCCCCAGACCCCGCCCCGCCGGCUUCGCUGCCGUCCGUUAACCGAGCCCAUUUCUCGCCCGACAGCCGCGCGGGCGCAGAGUCGCCCGUCUCCCUGUCCGCGCGCGCCCCCAAAGCCCUCUCCCCGACCCCUUACCCCCCGCAGGAGCGCAGCUCUCCCCCCCUUGACUUUCGGCAGCACCUGAGCGGCGCGGCCUCGUCCCUCAGUCACUGCUCGUCACGCACGCAGAGCGAGUGCUCCACAGCCGUGCUGGAGGAGCUGCAGGUCUGCGGCCUGGACGCCACCGAGAGCUCGGAGACGCCGUCCCCGACACUGAGUCAGAUGUCCGCGGUCACCGACGACACCUCUCUAACCACCACCACAGCCACAGUCACUAAUGGUCAGAUGGCCAUGAAUGGGAACGCGGGCAAGGCCAGCAGCCCACUCAGUCAUUUACAGAGGCCUUUCUCCCCUUCAACGUACCCCCCUCCUCCUCCCUCUCUCAGCCCCAGCAUAGCCAUGCUACAGCAGAACAGGAGUGUGGAACCACCUGAGUCUGUGUCCCGGGAGGCCCUGUCUCCGGGCCACCCCCGCAUGAGUGCCGUGCCCACUGCCCGCUCCUCAGAGGAGGAGAAGAAGGUGUCCAUCAUCAAGGCCCCCCACUACACAGGCAUAGGCCCAGUGGAUGAGUCUGGGAUUCCCAUCGCCAUCAGGACGACUGUGGACAGGCCAAAGGACUGGUAUAAGACCAUGUUCAAGCAGAUUCACAUGGUACAUAAACCAGGUGAUGAACAUGCUGACACAUAUAAUGCCACAUAUGCAGUAGUAAAUACUGACAACUACAGCCCAUACAAUCCAGUCCAGGCCCACCCAGCACCGAAAACGCACACCUACCGACCCCUGUCCAAAAGCACCUCAGACAACGGCACCAAUGCGUUCAAAGAGCCCUCACCUGUACCCCCACCUCCCCCUCCCAUGCCAUCCAUGUCCCAGCUGAGACCACAAGACCGUGACAAGGAGAGGGCCACACCUGAAAUGAAUGAAUGGGGCCCUCCUGACAGGAAAGUAGACACUCGAAAAUACCGUGCUGAACCCAGGAGUAUCUUCGAAUAUGAACCAGGAAAGUCCUCUAUUUUGGAGCAAGAGAGGCCGAUUAAUGACUUAAACCCAGAUGAGAUAGAUUUAGAAAAUGAACCCUGGUAUAAAUUCUUUUCUGAACUGGAGUUCGGGCGCCCGCCUCCUAAAAAAAUCCUGGAUUAUAAUCCAGACAGCUCUCCUCGGAGCUUCACAGAGACGUCCGUCUACCAGUCACCCCUAGACAGGAUUCCUGAAAGGUCGUCAAGCUCAGCUAGCGACUACAGGAAAAGGCGGAAGUCAGAGCCAGCGGUCGGCCAGCCGAGACCACAGAGCAGCCAGCAUGCGAGCCAGAGCUCCCCACGGCCCGUCGACUCUCACAGGAGCAGCAGCUCGCUUAAAAAGCCGCUGACAAGCUCCUCGCCAUCGUCCCCUUCCAGAGCAAAAGGUGGGGUUAUUAGCAACAUGUACUCACCACAUUUAAGUUGCACAGGUCCCAACCACAAUGCCUCGCACGACUCAGAUUCCACUUGUCACAAUGACGAGCAUUUCCCUCUCGUUCCGCCGGGCUCCAAAAGGUCCUCCUGCUUCAAGAACGGCUGGCAAAAGAACCGUCAGAACGCCGAGGCCUGGAGCAGCGCCGAGGAGGGCGCCUCCCCGAAGCUGAAGUCUCGCAGCUGCGAUGACCUGCUGAGCGACGAGCAGGAGAGUGCGACAGACACACAGACCCGCUCUGAGAGUGUGGGCUCCCUCCUCGGUGAGGAGGAGGCCAAAGGCACAUACCGGGGCAACAGUGAGGGCUCUGAAGAUGGGAGACUCAGGAUCAGGCAUCAGUCCGCUCACAACACUCCGGGGUUCCUCAGGCUCUACAAGAAGAUGCACCACAUCAACCGCAACGACCUGCUCAACUCCGAAGUCAUCUGCUCCGUUAAGUCCAGGAUUCUGGAAUAUGAGAAGGAGCAGCACAAAGGCUGCCUUUCGGGGUGGAGGGAGUACAAGGACGAGGUGCCCCGGGACAUGGUGCCAACCCGCAUUUCGGAAUUUGAGAGCCUCAUCCAAAAAUCCAAAUCUAUGCCCAACCUAGGAGACGAGGUGCUGUCAGAGGGCACUUUGAAUUCCUCAAAGAGGAGCAGCUGCGCCAGGCGCCGGUUCUCCAUUGAGUCCCUCUUGGAAGAGGAGCCCCCAGCAAGGAACCCUCCCGAGGGCCAGUCGCAUUACCCCACGAACAAGGCCCUUGUGCCCAUCCACAUUCAGGUCACGAAUGAGCAUAUGCAUGGCUCUGCCUCCCAGAUAGAUUAUUCAGACAGUGACCAUGAUGCAGUGGUCUCUGACCUCAGUGACUUCAUCCAAAUGGAGGGGUCCUCCUUCUGUAGCGAAAGUGACUUUGACCACUGCUCCCUCACCUCCUCUGAGAGCUUCUACGGAUCUGGCCACCACCACCACCACCUGCAUCACAGGCAUCUCGUUAGCUCCUGCAAGGGCCGCUGCCCAGCCUCCUACACCCGUUUCACCACCAUGCUCAAACACGAAAGGGCUAACCCGGACCUGAAGCAGCACCUCAAGCCCGAGGGGCCCGAGUCCGGCCUUUCCAAGCUAGCGUUCCUCGUCAGCCCAGUGCCUUUCCGGAGGAAAAAGUGCUCGCCUCCCCAGAAGCAGUCCCGCAAGCCAAAGUCCAAGAGCUCGGUGUACGAGGCCCUGGACUCGGCCCUGAAGGACAUUUACGACCACAUCCGGGCCGAGAAGAGGCGCGGGAGCCUGCCUGAAAACAGCAUCCUGCACAGGCUGCUGCUCGAGCUGCUCCCGGACAUCCCCGAGCGGAGCUCCUCCCUCCGGGCCCUGUGCCAACGUCAGCAGCAGCAGCAGCAGCAGCAGUCGUGCCACACGCAGCCCGAGGGCACUGCCAGCUACACCCCCCACCGGCCCGAUCACUUGAGACUGCCCUACAAUGCCUCCUACCACCACAUGGACAGCAACAACAACAGCCAGGGGAACGCUAACUCGCACUGCUACGAAGAUAAGGACACCUCCAGGGGCUACUCCUAUCCUGAUAUGGGCCGACACACUCCCCAAAACAGAAGACCCACACCCGACAGAGAGAAACAGCCAGCCAGAGCAAUAUAUGAUUUCAAGGCACAAACAGCAAAGGAGCUGACAUUUAAGAAGGGCGAGACAGUCUACAUCAUCAGGCAAAUAGACAACAACUGGUAUGAAGGAGAGCUCCGAGGGAGGGUGGGAAUCUUCCCCAUCUCUUACGUGGAGAAAAUCGCGCCCUCAGAGAAACACCAGCCAGCCAGGCCUCCUCCACCAGCACAGAUCAAAGAGAUUGGGGAAGCCAUUGCCCGCUACAACUUCAAUGCUGACACUAAUGUGGAGCUUUCUCUGAGAAAGGGAGAGAGAGUUGUCCUGCUGCGGCAGGUGGAUCAGAACUGGUAUGAGGGUAAGAUCCCAGAGACGAAUAAACAGGGCAUCUUCCCAGUGUCCUAUGUGGACGUCAUCAAGAAGUCCCCCACAAAGAGCCCCGGCCACCAGGUGGAGCCGUCCCUUCCCCACAGCUACUCCAGCGACAGGAUACACUCUCUGGGCUCCUCCAAGCCCUCCUCCACCCGACCUCGCUUCAGCACCCCAUCCCCCACCCUCAGGCCUCGCGCCUCGUCUGCCCCUGGCCCACAGAAGGGCCACCUGCAGGCUGUCACCAACGAGUGGAUUGCCCUCACUCUGGGCCUGUCUCCCGCCAGCACCCCCGCCCCCACCCCUCCCCCUCUACCCGCCAGCCUCCUGUCCGAACUGGAAGCCCUCGACUCCCUGGUGUCCCCGACUCCGACGGCCAUGUUUCCACCCUCCCCACUGGCCCGAAACCACACCCCCGCUCUCAAGGAAGGGCACUUCAUUCCGAUCACCUCCCCCAAGGCCUACACCUACUCCCCCGAGCCCAGCCCCUCCCCACUGCCAUACCUGGCCUCUCCCUCUUACUCUCCUUCUCCCGCCUCUCCCAUGUUUGACCACGGCCACAAGUACGAUAGCGGUGACAUAUUUUCACACAACGGCAAACCUAUUGACUCACAGGAGAAGCAGACCCUGUCAGUCCCAGACAGGAAGGAGGUCUGUUAUACAGAGCUGUCGUCUUCACCAAAACACGACAGUGCCAUUGAUCUAGCGGUGUACGAGCCGAGCGAGCGGCCCUCCUCUGGCAGGGAGCCGUUCUCUGCCAAAGACCAGGAGGAGGAUAUUUGCGAGGAGCUCCUGUCCAUCAUCCAGGGCAGCCAAUCAAAGAACGAGUUCUCGCAGGAGGCCGGUUUUUACAGACCAGCACCAGAUGUAACAGAGGAGCUUCCCGUUUUGUACAUUGAGGAAGACCCCUGUGAGAGCAGCAGGACCACUGCUGUCUUUAAUACCAUUUCACCUGUCCAUAGUGAAGGCACAAAACAAGAGCCGGCUUUAAAGCGUGAUAUUGUCGUUGUCGGUAAACCCCCCCGUAGCCCUGUGAUGUCUAGGAGGUCCUGCGGGUCACCCGUUAGAGGCCAGAGCUUUUCGCCGUCUCAUAGGUCACAGCGGUCGGCAUUCGCACAAGAUGCUCUGCACUGCACAGGGGAACCGUUCCAAGUGCUCUACAAUUACAUCCCACGCAAUGAGGAUGAGCUGGAGCUAAAGGAAGGGGAUGUUGUUGAUGUCAUGGAAAAGUGUGACGAUGGCUGGUUUGUUGGAACAUCCAGAAGAAGCAAGUUUUUUGGAACUUUCCCAGGAAAUUAUGUGAAGCGGCUAUAGUGUUUCUGAGGCUCGGUGGUGAUCACAACCAUCCAGCACAACCAAGGUGGAUUUAAGCAGCUAUAGAGGAAGGAAGAAUGCCACAGAUUCAGUAUCUGUUUAACACUAAAGAUAACCUUUAGCUAUAACUAGCCAUCUUCAUAGAAGACUAUUCCAGCGAUGUUUGAAGUUCUUAAUUUAUAUUCCAGUCAUCAACCAGAGUAAGUUUUUGAAUGCCAUCGACACCAGAUCUGAAGAAAGAAAGAACCACUCUGCCCUGCAGGCCUGAAGGAUUGUCAGUGUACCAUGUAUGUGGAUUCAGUAGUAUUUCAUGGUAUAAUUUAUUAGCUGUCUCUGCUGAUGAUAUCCAAUGGGUGGAGAGAGUGAAGUGUGAAAGCAGUUUGGCAUGAUGUGAGACUUUCAGUUCAUAAAUCAAAUUUGCAGCAAGGCCCGCCUUGUAGCCAUGCUGGUAGAUUUCAGUUAUAAAGAAACCAAGUGCCCUGUUGCCUUUAACUUCUUUUCGGUUUGUUUUGGGGUACAUUUUUACUGAGUGGGAAUGACUUCGAGCCUUCCUCUGUACAAAGAGAAGGAUUGCCUUGUGUCAGAAUGAAAAGUGUGUGGAUGACCUGAAGUUGAAGCUGUGCAGACAGAGACAGAAGCAGUAUUGCAGUGUUGCAUUAGUGCCAGGCAAUAUGGUUUUUGGGAAAAAACCAUUCCUGUGUUUGAACAGAGUUAGGAGGGUGGAUUACAGACUCUUGAGUGUUUGUACAGUUGUGCUAUACUGACUGGUGCUCAUUUUCAGUCUAUACAAUCCUAUCCAGUCAGGAACAAACUCCAAAAGUCCACAGACUCGUAUUGCUUUACUUUUUUGACGAGUUGUUUCUAUUCUAGUAUUCUAAGGAUUUUAUGACAGAGUGCUACAUGUCCACAACCAUUUUUAGCUGGAUUAGGAUGCUCUAAAAGAGCCAGUGUCCAUUUUCUUUGUAUUUCAAGCAGAAAGUUGUGAUAAUAAGAUAUACAUAGGUAGGCUGCCUCAUCAGUCUCUCUUUAGAUUGUAAUGCAUACUAUACAUGCUGGGACACUAGGCUGCUGUCUCCCACAGUACAGUAAUUUAUUGAAUGUGUGUUGGAGGGGAGUCUCUUCAUAUUUGACUCUGUCAGGUCAUUUGUAUAUUUUCCCUGUAAUUGAUAUGGCUAGAGGCAAGUGAAGUGAACUUCAAUUUUUUUUUUAACUGAAUCAUUUUU